AGAAUCCGCCCUAGACAAACCACAGUACCAAAGAAAAAAAACUGUUUAUGAGUCUGUCAUUCAAAGGUGACACCAUUUCGGAAUUGAUUAAAAGUCGUUGAUCUAAAUGUAUUAAACGCACUUUUCCUGCAGCUGACUUGCAACUAGUUUUUACCAGCCGAAAUAUGAUUAGACAAUGAGUCAAGGAUUGAUUACCGCUCUUGUUCACAUCUAUGUGCAUUUACUCUUUUGCCUGCUCUUGUGGAGCUGAUUAUACUGGACGUUGUAAGCGUAAUCUCCGAAAACGUGUAGCUGAACACUAUCCGGUUUGGUUAAUGAAAGGCAAACUUAGAACUGCAAAGUCGUCUAUUUGUGAUCACCUGUUAGAGUCUGGUCAUUCAGCCCCACGUGAUUCAUCCUUCAAAGUUAUCUACAUGGCAAAAUCGAAUCGAUCCAAAAGUUUGCGUUUUCUUCACUUAUGCAUAGCCGAAGCUCUAGCUAUACAUGAACAGAAACCUAAAUUAUGUGUUCAAAAGCGUUUUGUCAAACCCCUUUCUUUACCUUGGUUAUAGUAAUGUUCUUUCUAGUGUUUAUUUUAUUUUACCACUUGAAUUCUUUCCACUUCACUUCUCAUCUUCAUUCUUAUCGUAAUCGUACUCCUAAUUUUUAAAAUUUGUAGACAACACUUGACAUUUUUGAUAUCAAUUCACUUAUAAAACAAUCUUUAAUAAUUUUGUAAUUUAUCCACUUUAACUCUACCCCUUGUGACAUUUUA